UGGGGACUACUGCGCGCGUGGACUGGGCGCGUGGGGACGAUCCAGGGGGCCAGAACGGGAGCUUGUGGAGCGGAGAGGGAGCCAGGGGAGCCAGGAUCCCGCAGGUGGCCGGGCUGGCGGCUACAGCCAGGCUCCGCCCGCGGACGCUCCCCGGGCUUCCCCGCCCCCUGCGUCCGCCUCCGUCCGGCCGCGCUCUCUCGGUGUCCCAGCGCCACCGCCACCGCCACCGCCACUCGGCCGCGCCGCCGCCGCCGCUGCCGCCGCAGUUGCUGCCACCAGCGGGCAUCGAGUCGCCGCGCGAACCAGGGUGGCCAUGCGCGUGAAGCGGUGCCUGCUGAAGGGCCUGCACCGGCUGCAGAAGGGCCCGGGCUACACGUACCGCGAGCUGCUGGUGUGGUACUGCAACAACACCAACACCCACGGGCCCAAGCGCAUCAUCUGCGAGGGGCCCAAGAAGAAGGCCGUGUGGUUCCUGCUCACGCUGCUCUUCGCCGCGCUGGUCUGCUGGCAGUGGGGCGUCUUCAUCAGGACCUACCUGAGCUGGGAGGUCAGCGUCUCGCUCUCCAUCGGCUUCAAGACCAUGGACUUCCCGGCCGUCACCAUCUGCAACGCCAGCCCCUUCCAGUACUCCAAAGUCAAGCACCUGCUGAAGGACCUGGACGAGCUGAUGGAAGUGAUCCUGGAGAGGAUCCUGGCUCCGGAGCCAGGCCCGGCCAAUGCCACCAGCAGCCUGAACCUCACCAUCUGGAACCACACGCCUCUCGUCCUCAUCGACGAGCGGGACCCCCACCACCCGGUGGUCCUCGACCUCUUUGGGAAUAACAGCAACGACUCAGAGAGCGACAGCCCGGCCCCAGGAAGGACGUGCAAUGCCCAGGAGUGCAAAGUGGCCAUGAGACUCUGCAGCCUCAACGGGACCGUGUGCAGCUUCCGGAACUUCACCAGCGCCACCCAGGCGGUGACCGAGUGGUACGUGCUGCAGGCCACCAGCAUCUUCUCGCAGGUGCCGCGCCGGGAGCUGGUGGCCAUGGGCUACCCCGCCGAGCGGAUGAUCCUGGCCUGCCUGUUCGGGGCGGAGCCCUGCAGCCACCGGAACUUCACAUCCAUCUUCCACCCCUACUACGGCAACUGUUUCAUCUUCAACUGGGGCAUGACGGAGAAGGCGCUCCCUUCCGCCAACCCUGGGACAGAAUUUGGUCUGAAGCUGGUGCUGGACAUAGGCCAGGAGGACUACGUGCCCUUCCUCGCAUCCACCGCCGGGGCCCGGCUGAUGCUCCACGAGCAGAGGACCUACCCCUUUAUCAGAGAGGAGGGCAUCUAUGCCAUGACAGGGACAGAGACCUCCAUCGGCGUGCUGGUGGACAAGCUGCAGCGCAUGGGCGAGCCCUACAGUCCGUGCACCGUGAACGGCUCCGACGUCGCCGUCCAAAACCUCUACAGCACCUACAACACGACCUACUCCAUCCAGGCCUGUCUUCACUCCUGCUUCCAAGACCACAUGAUCCAUAACUGUAGCUGUGGCCACUACCUGUACCCGCUGCCCCCCGGGGAGAGAUACUGCAACAACCAGGACUUCCCAGACUGGGCCCACUGCUACCUGGACCUGCGGAUGAGCGUGGCGCUGAGAGAGACGUGCAUCAGCAUGUGCAAGGAGUCCUGCAAUGAUACCCAGUACAAGAUGACUAUCUCCAUGGCUGACUGGCCCUCCGAGGCCUCUGAGGACUGGAUUCUCCAUGUCCUGUCUCAGGAGCGGGACCAGAGCCCCACCAUCACUGUGAACAGGAACGGCAUCGUCAAGCUCAAUAUCUACUUCCAAGAAUUCAAUUACCGCACCAUCGAGGAAUCAGCAGCCAACAACAUCGUCUGGCUGCUCUCCAACCUGGGCGGCCAGUUUGGUUUCUGGAUGGGCGGCUCGGUGCUGUGCCUCAUCGAGUUUGGCGAGAUCAUCAUCGACUUCGUGUGGAUCACCAUCAUCAAGCUGGUGGCCUUCUUCAGGGGCCUGCGGCAGAGGCGAGCCCAGGCUCCCUACGACAGCCCCCCGCCCACGGUGGCCGAGCUGGUGGAGGCCCACGCCAACUUUGGCUUCCAACCCGAGGCGGCUACGGGCACUGAGGACCACCCCCACGAGCAGACUCCGCCCAUCCCCGGCACCCCGCCCCCCAACUACGACUCCCUGCGCCUGCAGCCGCUGGACACCGUGGAGUCUGACAGCGAGGGGGAUGCCGUCUAGACCCGGGCAGCUCGUGAACAUGAAGCUGAGAGGCCGAGACCAUGGUUCAGUGCCUUGUUAUACGGUGCCCUCUCCAGACAGCCAGGACCUCGGUGUCUAAACCAGGGCCCAGGCCCCCUGGAGAGAGGUUCGCAGCCACUGCCAGCCCCAGGCCGAAGGCUCGCGGGUCUCACCUGGUCCCUGCCUUCCCUGUGCCCACUUGACCUGCCCCUGGGCCGGGGACGUGCCCAGCCAGGCUCUAGACACCCCUCUCUGGUGUCAGGCCACUUUCUCCCCAGUUCCAGUCACUGUCUGCCCCAGGGGUGGACAGGCGGGUGGCCAUGCUGCACGGAGGCCAUGCUGCACGGUGGCCUUCUCCCCACAGCACUGGCUGAACCUCGUGAACAGGCUGAGCGAGGGCAGCGGGUGGGGAACAGACAGCCCCAGGAGCGGGGCCUGCAGGUGGCACACGAGUCGUUCUAGGAAAUAAAAGUAGAAAACCCUGCAUCCAGCUUUCUCUGCGUAUGACGGGCGGAGCGCCUCACGUGCCUGGGGCAGGAAGGCAUCACGAUGGCCGAAGGGCCAGGGUCUCCUGAGCAGGCAAGGGCGUCCCUCUUGUGAUUGUUAGUUCCUCCCAGUGGUUCCUGAGGCAGAGGAACGGCUUCUUCAGUGUCACCCGACUCUUUGGGUUGCGAGGACGGAGAGCAACUCAAGCUGACUUGACCCAUCGAGUCUCAAGUUUUCAAUUCCGUGGAAGUUUCAGUGAAAUGGACAAGGGCGGGUUAGAAAUCAUGAUCGUGAGCUCAUGUCUAUUCUUAAAAUAUCAUGAUUAUCUUGGCAUCAUACAUUACAUAUUAUGCUUACAUUUCUAUAGCAUCUCACAUGAGGACAAUGGCACACAAUGGCUUAAGAAAGACAGUCUCCGUCAGCUCAAACCAUUGGUCUCCCUCUGCUCCCUGCUGACACUCAUUGGUCCCUGACUGGGUCACAUGCCUGCUUCUGAACCAAUCAGUGGUCCAGCUGUAGGCCACUCUGAUUGGUCAGAUCUGAAUUCCUUCGCCCAGACCUGAAGCCUGUGGCCCCCAGGAUCCCAAGGUUCAAGGGUUGGGCGGGGUGCUGGCUCCUAGUGUUGCCAGAUAAAAUUCAAGCUGCUCAGUUAAAUGUGAACUUCAGAUAGAUAUAAAAAUGAUUUUAGGUGUAAGUAUAUCCAUGCAAUAUUGGGGACCCAUUAUACUAAUAAACCACUGGUUGCGUUUCUUAAAUUUAAAUGAGCAUCCUGGAUUUUUAAAUUGCUAAGUCUGACAAACCUAAUGGCUCCCCAGAAAGAGAGCAGGGAGCAAUUCCCAAAGAACCGGGCCCGACAGGUCUAGACAGCUGGACGCUGCAGCCCCCACUGCCACCCACCAGGUUCAAGUUGUGAAGACACUCUGGCUGGCUUCAGAGCCUGGCUCAUAUGUCGGUGGCUCUUGGAGGUGGCACCGAUGGAAUUGGGGUUGAAGUCAUCAGGGUAGAGGCCCCCAUGAUGGCAUUAGUGUCUUUGUAAGAAGAGGAAGAGACCUGAGUUAGCACGCCUGCUGUGUUUCAGCAUGUGACGCCUCUGACAUGUCAUGGUGCAACAGGAAGGUGCUCACCAGAUGCGGCCCCCUCAGUCUUGAACUUCCUGGCCUCCAGAACCUUCACCUAAAUAAACCUUCUUUCUUUAUAAAUU